GCAGAGUGGUUAUCGUUACGCUCAGUUCGCCAAGCCGGAGUCUCGCCGAGAGGUAUCACUCUCUCUCGACCGCGUUCGCGCGCGUGUAUAUUCCAACUGACUCGCUCGGGUCGCAGCGACCCGCUGUAUCGCGGAUUCCUCGUUUUUGUUUUUUUUUUGUUUUGUGUGCGCGCGCGAUUUCGAGACGAUACGAAUCGCAAUUGGACGGAUUUCCGUCGUUUGGAAAUCUUCGUCCGAGUGUUUCGUGGGAAUAGUCAAGAAGUGCGACUCGGUCUUGGAGAAGUGCUCGAUUCCCGACGCUCCUGAGUAGCGCGAGGAUACUCGACGAGUGUUUGUGUGCCCGAGAGGGAUAUUAUAUCUCGGUGAGAUCUUCCAGUGUGUGCAGAGCGUGGUGAGGAUUUAACUUAGUGUUAACUUGGAUCCGCGCGGAGCACCUGCGGAUCGACGGUCUAUUCGCGCGAUUCCUUCGACGGAUAUGUGGAGGUACGAGACGGUGCGCUUAAAAAGUGUACAAGCCACGAACCUGCUGAUCUAGCGUCGUCACGGAAUACUCAUUUUACGCACGCUCCACGCAUUCCUGUCGGUCGAGGAAAAAAACCUACGGAGGAUUCGAACAUGCAAAGCGCUGUCGCGUGCAAUCGCUGAGUGGAUCGUGUGAUCGACGGCGAGCCGACGGGUAGCUUCGCUGCUCCGAAAAGGCCGCGCCGUCUCGCGUUCGUUGGCGUCGCGUCGUUCAUCCCCGAGUGAUCUCGGCGAAAAAAUUGGAACCAAUGAACCGCCUGACGAGCUGUGCUCCCGAGAGAAACACGGGCUGGCUCCAUGGGACCGGCGUUACUUCGGACACCAUCGACAACGGUGCGCCGAGAGACGCGGAUCGAGUGUGAUCGAUUUAAUUUUGAGAGACUUGGAGAUCACGAAUUUGCCGAUAGGUGAAAUCCGCGGUGAGUCGCCUUUGAACUUUCAAGAAUCAUCGAAGGCAAUUCCAUUGAGACUCAUCGCUCCAGAUAACUUCGGGAUAAAUUGGGACUCACGAUGACGGCGUGAGCGACGGUAGAAUCAUCUGAGGAAGGUGAGACAAGGUGGAUCUCCACGUUGCCAGGAUCAUCGCGGGAGGAAGAAUACGAGUCAAAGUGGAGUGUGGAUGUGGUGGAGGUGCGACAGUGGUGGAAGAAGUAGGUGGUUGUGGACGACUGCAACGAGGUCGCGGGCGAAAGUGCAACGGGUGCUGUGCCUCGCGGUUCGUGGUUGGUGCCGGUGGUUGUUAACCGAGUACGGGUGCUUAAGUGACGGUGCCAGUCCGUCGUCCGCCGUCAUUGUUACCAUGGUUUCCACGUCCUUCGUGACCCUGGUGUUCCUCGUGUGCCUGCAAACGGUACUACUGUCGACUGUGAGCAACUGCGCCAAGACGAUCAGCAUGUACUGGAACACCACCAAUUCCAUAUUUCGAAUAGACAACACAGAUCAUAUAAUUGACGUGAACAAAAACAACGCAAUGUUCGAAUACGAUCAAGUCAAUAUAAUAUGUCCUGUGUAUCCACCGGACACGUAUGUUGAUGACGAUGCUGAGAAGUACAUCAUCUACAACGUGUCCAAGGAGGAGUACGAAACAUGUCGGAUAACGAACCCGAGUCCGCGGGUAAUAGCAGUGUGCGACAAGCCGCGCAAAACGAUGUACUUUACCAUCACGUUUAGGCCGUUUACGCCGCAACCUGGGGGCCUCGAAUUCCUCCCGGGCCACGAUUACUACUUCAUCAGCACCUCGUCCAAGGAUGACCUUCACAGGCGCAUUGGCGGACGGUGCACCAGCCACAACAUGAAGGUCGUCUUCAAGGUCUGCUGCAGCAAUGAGGCUGAGACCUCCGCUUCGUCGGCGACAUCGCGCAACAACUCCGUAGCCGUGACCAGCAGCACCGUGCCCAGCAGCAGCUCGACAAGUACCGCGGUUUUGGGCGGCUCCGCCGCCGGUCUGCCAGCCCCGCCAAUCGUCUACAGGGGCGGAGAUCGAUUCUACCCGGAGAUCAGCAUCGAUCUCGAUCCACAUCAGCCAGGCACGGCGGCGCCGACCCUGCCUCAUGUACCCUCACCGGCCGUCUACCCUGUGCAUCCGCAUCAGCCGCAGCCGCCAAUUUACAAUGGAUCGCCGUCCUCGAUCACGCCGCCCAAGACUUCGACCGGUCAGAAGAAGAAGAACAAGGAAUAUUCGGAUCAUCCGAACGAAGUGGUGAAGAAUGAGGAGCUGACAUACAACAGCGCAAGUUCGUACGCUCAUACGCAAGUUCGGUACACGAGCCUAAUCCUAGCGACAGGUAGCUUGCUGAUGAGCGCGUUACUGCAGCAGCUGCUACGGUGAAGCGACAAUACCAGCUACGUACGAGAACGUCGUAUAUCCCAUGCGUCGAAACCCCUUCUUCUGUGAUUAUCCUACGUUUAAUUGAUUUCUUGAGAGGCGCGCGAGACACGCGCGUAUCUCGGCCGUCCCUCGAUCGUAGUGAGACACGCACGAUCCAUGGUCGCGCCGACUCGAGAGAUAGCAGAGAAGACAGAAAAGACGAAGAGAAUGAGAGAGAAAAAAAAAAGACGAAAAAGAAGAGACACGUCAAGAGAAGAGACAUGCACGACACACGAGCGGCAGCGCCAUAUUAACUACAAUUAAAGAACUAGCGGGGUUCUCUAAGAUGAAGACGAGGAAUAGGACGGGAAGUAGGAAAGAAAGUGGAGAAGAAAAGACGGAAAGAGAAGCGCUACUAUUAGACACUACUUAUAGUACACGCCCACUAUUAUCACUACUAUAAAUGGUAGUCGUAUUGGUUGUCCUUCUUAUCAUUACGCUAACUGUAGGUAUUUAUUCAAAUAUGAGAGAAA